GGGAUUCCUCCUUUGGUGCUGCCCGACCAGUCAGUCCUUUAAGUACGCUCCAGCGGUGGUCACGUGGAACUGACGAACUGAAACUGCAGGAGGGAAGAUGAUGUCCUUGGAUGGACCGCAGAAUAGAAUCAGUAACCCGAUCAUUCCAUAUGUUGGGACAAUACUUGGUGGCCUUGUUCCUGGAAAACUGAUUGUGAUACAUGGGACUGUUCCUGAUGAUGCAGACAGGUUCCAGGUGGAUUUACAGUGUGGCAGCAGCAUAAAGCCUCGAGCUGAUGUGGCGUUUCAUUUCAACCCCCGCUUCAAAAGGUCUGGCUGCAUUGUUUGCAACACACUGGAGCAGGAAAAAUGGGGCUGGGAGGAGAUCACUUACAAGAUGCCCUUUCAAAAAGGGAAGUCAUUUGAGAUUGUCAUCAUGAUCUUAAAGGAUAAAUUUCAGGUGACUGUAAACAAGAAGCACUUGCUGCUCUACAACCACAGAAUUAGCCUUGAAAGAAUAGAUACUCUUGGAAUAUAUGGCAAAGUGCAGAUCAAAACUAUAGAUUUUGUUUCUAAUUCUUUACAAGGCUCUCGGCCAUCAUCUCUAGGAGUAACAAAGAUAAACACAGAAAAUGGGGAAAUGCCAGAUGGUUCACAAUUUGGAGUUCCUUACGUUGGGAAACUUGAUACCGCACUUCGUCCAGGAUGCACAGUUGCCAUUAGAGGAGAAGUGAAUAAAAACCCAAAGAGCUUUGCAAUAAAUCUGAAAUCAAGUGACUCAAAGGACAUUGCGUUACAUCUGAAUCCCCGAGUGAAAAAUCAAGUUUUUGUAAGAAACUCAUACCUUCAUGACAGCUGGGGAGAAGAGGAAAAGGAAGCGGCCAACUUCCCUUUCAGUGCAGGGAUGUACUUUGAGAUGAUCAUUUUCUGUGAUGCCCACCAGUUCAAAGUUGCUGUUAAUGGUGUUCACAUUCUGGAGUACAAGCAUCGUUUUAAACAACUUGAAAAGAUCAACGUAGUGGAAAUCACGGGAGAUGUUCAGUUGUUAGAUGUGAGCAGCUGGUAGUUCUUUUCGAUCAGUACUAAAAGAAUUAAACGUCUUCUAAUGACAAUGCCUCCUUGUCAAGUACAAAUAGGUGCUGACUCAUGCUGAGCCUGCCUUUAUCUAUCUAGGCUUCUGCAUCUGCCUCUCUGAGUUAGGUGAGUACCAGAACUGCUAACUGUGAGAUGAAAGCCUCCUCUAGUUUACAGUAUCCUGGCAAGCUAAGUAAGUGUUUGCUCAGAUAAAUCUCCUGUAUUACUGAACCUAGCAAUAUGAAAAUGCUGCAUCAUCCUGUGUCUAACAAUUGCACUCGGUAUGUUUAAAUUAAACUACUACUUGGCACUC